AUGACUGUGCCACGAGACAUUCAACACACUGAAGCUCCAGCUCCAGGUGGUGCUUCAAGUCAACCAUCCAAACAACCUCAAAGCCACCACAACGUUUUGGUCAAAUUCGUCGACAACAUCGCUACAAAUGAACCUGAGAGGCCGUUUGUAUUCAUCCCCUCCGGCGACAAGGCUCAAGAUGGUUGGAAGCCCGUUACCUAUGCUCAACUUAACAACGCCAUCAAUUACAUGGCACACUCGCUUUCAAAAACCAUCACGAGAUCACCAGACGAUGACGAGUUUCCUACCAUUGCCUACAUCGGAUCCAACGAUACGCGAUACACAAUAAUGCUUUUUGCGUGCAUUAAAGCCGGAUUCAAAGCCCUCUUCAUUUCACCUCGCAACACACCCAUGGUGCAGCUCUCGCUCUUUGAAGCCACACGUUGUAAUGCUUUGUACUACACCGAGUCAAUGAGUGCGGCAAUCACGCCAUGUCUUGAUCAGCGCAGUAUGCAAAGUUUCACUAUCGACAGUCUUGACCAUUUCCUCAACGUGGAGUCUCCACCAUUCCCUUACAACAGAUCGAUUGACCAAUCUCGCUUUGAUCCCCUUGUUGUUCUACACACUAGUGGUUCAACAGGAAUCCCCAAGCCAAUCGUUGUGAAACAGGGGUCAUUCUAUGUCUUCGAGAGCAUGAUACACCAAGGACCAUACCAAGGGUGCGAAUACGCUCUGGCGAGUUGGGGAGAGGGCGUCAAGGUUUUUGUCUCGAUGCCAAUGUUCCAUGCCGCUGGUGUUUUCGGGACAUUAUCAGGCAUGGUUACUGGCUCUACCGCAGUCAUGCCACUUCCAAAUAAGCCCUUGAGUGUUGACUCAGUGCUGGAGUGUCUCGAGUAUACUGGUGCUCAGGCACUUAUGCUUCCUCCAUCAAUCGUGGAAGGCAUCGCGGCUACUGACGAGGGCGUUCAGGCGCUGGUCAAACUUCAUGAAUUGAAGUUUGCUGGAGGAGCCCUAUCUCCAGCAGUUGGAAACAUGUUGGUAGAAAAGGGUGUUGCGUUGGGCAGCCUUAUUUCAUCGACAGAGUUCUUUCCCUACGCACUUUAUUCCUCGCCUGACCCUAAGCUUUGGCAAUAUUUCGUCUUCGACAGCGAAAUGAUGGGUAUUGACUGGCGACCAUGCGGCGAAAACCUGUACGAGUUUGUCGUCUGCCGCAAAGACCCUUCUGACCCAGGCAACCAAGCCGUCUUCUACGUAUUCCCAGAACUCUCAGAGUGGUCUACGAAGGAUAUCUACCAGCCUCACCCUACACUGAAGGAUCACUGGCUCCACAUGGGUCGUGCGGAUGAUAUUAUCGUCUUCUCCAACGGCGAGAAGUUGAACCCCGUUUCUAUUGAAUCUGCCAUCUCUGGUCAUCCUCUCGUCAAGGGAGCCCUUGUUGUUGGUCAGAGUAAGUUCCAGGCUGCUCUGAUUAUUGAGCCUGUGGAAGCACACGCUCCCAAGGGCGAGGCCGAAACAGAAGCAUUCAUCGACCAGGUCUGGCCUGCUAUUGAACAGGCCAAUUCGGAGACGGUGGCUCAUGGUCGAAUCACCAGGAAUCUUGUUGCUGUCGCCGAUCCGUCAUUGCCCUUCGCCCGCGCCGGGAAGGAAACAGUCCAAAGAGGGGCUACCGUCAAGUUGUACAAAGACUUCAUCGAGGAUUUGUACGAGAAGGCUGAGAUGAAUGAACCUGAAGACGAAUCAGUUGCUCUCAACUUUGAGAGUGAAGCAGGGCUUGCCCAGUCUAUCAUCUCGGUAUUCCAGACCAAGCUUGGAGUUAGCAACCUCGAGCCUGACACAGACUUCUUCUCUGCUGGAGUUGACUCUUUGCAGGUCAUGACUGCUACCAAGGUUCUCAAGUCCGCUCUUCGGUCAGCGAAGGUGGAGACGUCAACGUUUACGUCACAAGUAGUCUACCGAUAUCCUACAGCCCAGCAGCUCGCGCGUCAUUUUAUCUCCCUUCGGGAUGGCUCCGCGGACCAUGAUGAUGAGGCAAAGGAGAUCAAGGAAACCGAGAGACUGGUGGCCAAGUACACUGAGAACCUUCCCACUUCUAAAGCCAACAAGAAGUCCCCUGGAGAACAGGAUCAGACCGUUCUUCUCACUGGAAGCACAGGCUCUCUGGGUGCCUACAUGCUCGAUACUCUGUGCAGACUCCCAACUGUUAAGAAGAUCGUCGCUCUCAACCGUCCCCACGACGGUGGUGCAUCUCGACAACCAUCGAUCAACGAACAUCGCGGCCUGACGCAAGACUUUUCCAAAGUCGAAUUCCGUCAUGCAGACUUGUCUUUGCCAGACUUGGGUCUAGGACAAGCCAAGUACAACUCUCUUCUUACUAGCGCUGACCGCAUCAUUCACAAUGCAUGGCCCGUGAACUUCAACAUUAGCGUAUCCUCCUUUGAGAGCUCCAUCCGUGGCGUCCGUCACUUGGUUGACUUUGCUGCCGCGGCAGACAAGGAUGUGCCCAUCGUUUUCAUUUCAAGUAUUGGCACUGCCGAUGGCUGGAGCUCUACUGAAAGGGUCCCCGAAGAGCGGCUUACUGACAUGACGUUGGCCCAUAUGGGAUAUGGCCGCUCUAAGCUUGCGGCAACUUUGAUCCUUGACGCGGCUGUUGAACAGUCUGGCAUCCAUGCUGCUUCGGUAAGAGUUGGACAAAUUGCAGGACCAAGAGGCGAGAAGGGAAUGUGGAACCGACAGGAGUUCAUCCCUAGCUUGAUCGCCAGUUCGAUCUAUCUCGGAGUUUUGCCUGAUUCCCUUGGACCUCAGCAAGAAAUCGCAUGGACGCCUGUUGAGGAUAUCUCAGGUCUCAUCCUCGAUAUCGCUGGUAUCACGGACCCCAAACCUGUAUCAGAAAUCAACGGAUACUUCCAUGGUGUGAACCCUUCAGAGACGAACUGGUCUGUUCUUGCACCCGCAGUGAAGAACUUUUACGGAGAUGGAAUGAAGAUUGUGAGUUUGGAAGAGUGGGUUGAGAGGUUGGAGGCUAGUGCGAAGGACAAGGAUGUGGAUGUGGAGAGGAAUCCUGGUAUCAAGCUUGUUGAUACGUACCGUGGACUUUUGGAGGGUGCGAAGAGUGGCCAGGUUAUGAGGUUCUCGAUGGAGAGAACUAAGGGCCACAGUCCGACGAUCAGGGAGGCUGGACCAAUCACCCCAGAGUUGAUGGUCAAUUGGUGUCGCCAAUGGGGUUAUUAG